AUGGCGCCGGCUGAUACCACGCCUGGGCCCUUUGCCUUACGAGCGGAUCUCCGAAGAGCUGCGGCCCGCCUACGAGACUUAGCGGACAUAAGUCUGGUCCCGGAUGUUUCUUUGGAGCAGGCCUUUGGGCAGACUAGACUGCAGGCAGCUUUGAAUAAUAUGAAAAUGAAAGCCUUCUUCUGUUUGGUUGUUAUCUCUCUAUGUUUGGCAAGAAGUGUCCAUGCUAACAUAUGUUCACCAGUGAUCACAGAUGAUCAUCUGAAGUACCUGGAUGUGAUGAUUGAUGCCCAGUUAAACACUUCAUGUUCCGUGCAAGUGGAAUUAAUAGAUGACAAAAAAUUCAGAAACACAAAUAAAUAUUGCUACAAGAGAGCAGUAAUCGCCCAGCUCGCAGAUCUUUUGGAAAAACUGGAAUUUAAACCAAAUUCACAAAGUUACAAUCAUACUAAGAUACUAACCAACCUAUACAACCAAAGAGUCAAGAAUUGUAUAGGUGAUGUCUAUUUUGACAAGGAAGAUAUCUCACAAUGUUCAAGUCACAAUGAUUUGAGUCCUGCCCAAAUUUUGGAAAGAGUAAAAACGUCAUUUAUGAUAUUUCGAGAUUUUAAAGAAGAACCAUCUGAGAAUUGUUAUUUGGAAUAUGCCUCGUGUGAAGAAGAUUAUCACUAUGUCAAAAAAGGUUCUCAGUGUGCUUGUCCUUCCCCAAUACCACCCAUUGUUUCUAGUUCGGCAACCCAGAAAUCCCUAAUCAACCCGUCAGAAAUUAAGAGCAGUCCAUCUGCAUCAAUCAUCCCCUUCAGUACAGUUCCCCUUACAGAUUACAUAAGUGUCACGGACACCCAAAAUCCUCAACAGAGCUCAGAGAGCAUAGAAAUGUCAUCAAUCAUCUUAACAAGUAUACCAACUGAAGUACAACAUCUAACCACCAUCAUGGAUCACUUGCAUGCUGCCACCACAGAUCGUCCGGUCUCAGGCCCAGAGUCUCCACAUACCAAAAUGGACAUUACAUUCAGUGACAUGGAAUUUACUAAAGGUAUCACUGAAUCAACAUAUGCCAUGGGUUUUUCUCAAACUAGGACAUAUCCUGAGCUUUCCAACAUAGAGGGUUUAAAUACAGAUGGCUCACAUAUUGAAACAUUUUCUACUACUACCACAGAUCUAAACAAAGAUUAUUCUCAGCUAACAAGAGAAUUAACUUCUAUCACAGAACCAGCUGUUGAUGAAUUAUUGGGAACUACGGAACAUAGUAUUGUUUCACAGAGUUUGGAGUCAAACUUUCAGAAAUAUUCUGAGGCCAGCAUGGAGCCUGGCAUAGAGCCAUCAUUAUCUAGCACUGUAACCAAAAUGCGGCGCUCUCUUGAAAAUGUGGAUAAGACUUUAUCGGUAUAUGCAUCUACACAUGCUCAACCUGUUCUAUCCAGUGAUGGCAGCGCUACGAAGCCACAUUAUCUAACUUCAAGCAUCCCACCUACCUUUAACUCUCUUCAAACCAUUUCACAGGAGAGCGAUAUCAGAAACCUUGGUUGGGCUGCCUCUUACCUUUUGCCCACUAUCUUAACAACUAAACAUACCAGCUCUGAAGCUGAAAUGUCUUCCCCUGUCUCUGAAGUCCAGUCACUACCUUCAGAAGCUUCUUUACAUCCAAAGUUGACAGGACUUGAGGGAGGGUACACACACGACAAUAAGCAUCAAGAGCAAAAUGUAGCAGCUUUUUUAUCUGAGGACAGGGAAAACAAAGGUGCUGGUCCUAUUCAUGGCUUUAAUCGGCUCCCUAUCCUUGAAACAGAGCAGCAUCAGGAUGGAAGACAGAACAGCAACUUAUUCCUGGUCAUAAUUCCAAGCAUCCUGGCAAUAUUGUUUCUGUGUGGACUUCUAUUUUUCAUGUAUCGCUAUCGGCUUCUAAGACGACAGCUAAAUAGAGAAGUAUCAGAGUUGCCUGAAUUGAGUUUCUUCUCCACUGCUGCUUAUGUCAGUAUUCUCAAAGAAGAACAUUUUGGAGCUGUUGGACAGAUACGUAGGCUGUUUGGCCAUUGUCCAACAGUGCUAAGUGACAUGAAGCGGAGGAAUGCAAACUUCCUCCGCAAUGUUGAGAGGAGACAUCCAGCCUCCAUAUCAGGACAAUGGCUGGUCAGAAGGGCAGUGGAGGAGAAUUGCAGUGGUGCAGUCCUACUCUUCUUCUGUGGACUAACAUCAACAGUGGCGGCGGUGUGCUGUCCUCCUCCUCAGAGGAAGAGGAGAAAAGAGGAAAAGAUAAAGGGCUGUUUGCUACACAGCCAGCCCCUGCCCCUGAGGAGGAAAGGGAGCCAGACGAGGAAGCUCUUGGCCCCACUGUGGAGGACCAUGACUGGGAAACGCUCAGGGAGUUCUCGCGAUGAUCUACCAGUGCGCUGGAAGAUCUCCGAGGACAAGAGAAGGACUGCAAUAGCCCGCGCUUCGCCCGGUCCUUCUCGCAUCCCUGUACCCCCUCGGCGUCCCCUCCCUGACCCGCCGUCCGUGACACCCACGUUUCCAGAAACGUACCCAGAUCUGAAGAUGGUGUGA